AUGAAGCUUUCAGUGAAGACUUUGAAAGGCACCCGGUUCGAGAUCGAAGUGAACCCGACCGACACCGUAGCCGAUGUGAAGAAAACGAUCGAAACAAUCCAGGGUUCCGACGUUUUCCCGGCGGCCCAGCAGUUGCUUAUUCAUCAGGGAAAAGUCCUCCAGGACGAAACUUCCACCCUGGCGGAUCAUCAGGGAAAAGUCCUCCAGGACGAAACUUCCACCCUGGCGGAUCAUCAGGCAGCAGCUAUAGCUCUUCAAUUUUUUUGCUACAAGUUUGCUCACUCUGAACUCUGGAGAUUUGUAUUUAUCUAUUGCAGGCAUGCUAAGGGACUGGAUCAUAAAGUGGUCAAAAUUGUGUCCCCAGAAGGUAGUAAUAUGGCUCCUCCAGUAACUGGGUGUAUUGGCUUACUCAGGAGGAAGACUAUGGGAGCUGCGGCGCUUGAAGGUCAGGAGGCCAAUGUUAAAACUGACUACAUCAUGAAGAUUUUGGGGCUUGAAGUUUGUGCUGAUACCAUGGUCGGGAAUGAAAUGAUACGUGGCAUUUCUGGAGGACAGCGAAAGAGAGUGACAACAGGGGAGAUGAUGGUUGGAGCAUCCAAAGUUUUUCUGAUGGAUGAGAUAUCUACUGGUCUUGACAGUUCAACAACUUAUCAGAUUGUCAAUUCAAUUAAGCAGUCCAUUCACAUAUUGCAAGGAACUGCAGUGAUUUCACUUCUGCAACCUGCACCAGAAACUUAUGAUUUAUUCGAUGACAUAAUUUUAGUGUCGGAUGGUCAAGUUGUGUAUCAAGGGCCUCGAGAACAUGUGCUGGAAUUUUUUGAAUCAAUGGGAUUUAAGUGUCCAGCAAGGAAAGGAGUGGCUGACUUCUUACAAGAAGUGACAUCAAGGAAAGAUCAAGAGCAGUAUUGGAUGCACCGAGAUGAACCCUACAUUUUUGUUCCCGUGUCCAAAUUCGCUGAAGCUUUUCAAUCAUUUCAUGUCGGAAGGAAGCUAGCUGAUGAACUGGCUGUCGCUUUUGAUAAAUCCAAGAGUCAUCCGGCUGCUUUAAACACUCAGAAAUACGGAACCAGCAAAAUGGAACUUCUGAAAGCCUGCAUGUCUAGAGAAUUCCUGCUCAUGAAGAGGAAUUCGUUUGUUUAUGCAUUUGCCAUGUUUAAACUCAUCUUCAUGGCAAUUAUAGCAAUGACUUUGUUUCUGCGAACAAAGAUGCAUAAGGAUACAGUGACUGAUGGAGUGAUUCUCAUGGGUGCUCUCUUUUUUAGUCUUGUGAUGAUUAUGUUCAAUGGGUUCGCAGACCUUUCCCUCACCAUUAUAAGGCUUCCUGUCUUUUACAAGCAACGAGAUCUUCGUUUCUUUCCUGCAUGGGCAUAUGCUCUUCCAACUUGGGUUCUCAAAAUCCCAAUUACUGUUGCAGAAACUGCUAUUUGGGUCGGUUUGACCUACUAUGUCAUUGGAUUUGAUCCAAAUACCAGCAGGUUGUUCAAGCAGUAUCUUUUGCUUGUAUGCAUUAGCCAGAUGGCUUCAGGACUAUUUCGCUUCAUGGGAUCAGUCGGAAGGAAUAUGAUUGUUGCAAACACAUUUGGAUCAUUUUCAUUGCUUGUAGUUCUUGUAUUGGGUGGAUUUGUCUUGUCACAUGAUAACAUAAAGAAGUGGUGGAUAUGGGGUUACUGGAUCUCUCCUAUGAUGUAUGGACAGAAUGCUAUUGCCGUCAAUGAAUUUCUUGGGAAUAGCUGGAACAAGGUUCCUGCUGGACUAACAGAACCAUUGGGGGUAUCGGUCUUGAAAUCUCGCGGCAUUUUUGCAGAACCACGAUGGUAUUGGAUUGGAGUUGGAGCUCUGAUUGGCUACAUUUUUCUUUUCAAUUUCUUGUAUACCUUGGCUCUAACCUAUCUGAAACCACUUGAUAAACCUCAGCCAGUUUUCUCUGAGAAAAGUUUGGCAGAGAGAAAUGCUAGUGUGACAGGCGAACUUAUUGAACUAUCAUCAAGGGGGAAGAACACACUGACAGGCCAAAGAAAUGAAGGAAGAAGUUUAUCAUCAAGGUCUGCCACAUCUAGAGUAGGCGGCGGUAGUGAAGCUGUAUCAAGCAUGAAAAGGGGAAUGCUUCUACCUUUCGAGCCUCUUUCAUUAACUUUUGAUGAUAUUAGGUAUUCAGUCGACAUGCCCCAGGAAAUGAAAAUUCAAGGUUUUACAGACGACCGGCUUGAGCUUCUGAAAGGUGUAAGUGGUGCUUUCAGGCCAGGGGUUCUGACAGCUUUGAUGGGUGUUAGUGGGGCUGGUAAGACAACUUUGAUGGACGUCUUGGCUGGCAGAAAGACUGGAGGAUAUAUGUCCGGAACCAUCACAAUAUCUGGAUAUCCAAAGAAGCAAGAAACUUUUGCACGCAUAGCUGGUUACUGUGAGCAAACUGAUAUUCACUCUCCACAUGUAACUGUGUAUGAAUCUUUGAUUUAUUCAGCAUGGCUAAGGUUACCUGAUACAGUAGAUGCUGGCACCAGAAAGGUGUUUGUUGAAGAGGUCAUGGAGCUUGUGGAGCUCAACUCUUUGAGAGAAGCACUUGUUGGCUUGCCAGGUGUAAAUGGACUUUCAACUGAACAGCGGAAAAGGCUAACCAUUGCCGUUGAGCUUGUUGCUAAUCCAUCAAUAAUAUUUAUGGAUGAACCCACCUCAGGGCUUGAUGCCAGGGCAGCUGCAAUUGUGAUGAGAACUGUUAGGAACACGGUUAACACUGGUCGAACUGUUGUUUGUACCAUUCAUCAGCCUAGCAUUGACAUAUUUGAUUCUUUUGAUGAGCUUGUGCUUCUUCGACGAGGAGGUGAAGAAAUAUAUGUUGGUCCACUAGGCCACCACUCAUCUGAGCUCAUAAAAUAUUUCGAGGGUAUUGAAGGAGUCAGCAAAAUUAAAGAUGGCUACAAUCCUGCAACCUGGAUGUUGGAAGUUACUUCGGUACAACAGGAGUCAGCUCUAGGUGUUAAUUUCACCGAGUUGUACAAGAAUUCUGAACUCUACAGGAGAAACAAAGACUUGAUCAAGGAACUGAGCACACCUGUUCCAGGCUCGAAAGAUCUGUACUUCAAAACACGUUAUUCGCAGCCAUAUUUAACUCAAUUCAGGGCUUGCCUGUGGAAGCAACAUUUAUCAUACUGGCGAAACCCCAAGUACACUGCAGUGAGGCUAAUUUUUACAACAUUCAUUGGUUUGCUGUUUGGAACGGUGUUCUGGAAGCUUGGCUCCAAAAGGAGAAAGCAACAGGAUCUGUUCAAUGCCAUGGGAUCCAUGUACGCUGCGGUUCUGUUUACAGGAGUACAAAAUGCAACAGCUGUCCAGCCAGUUGUUGCCAUUGAAAGGACAGUCUUCUAUCGCGAGAGAGCAGCCGGGAUGUAUUCGUCUCUCUCAUACGCUUUUGGACAGAUUGUGAUUGAAAUCCCAUAUGUGCUAGUUCAAACACUAAUAUACGGCGUCUUAGUAUACACGAUGAUCGGAUUUGAGUGGACAGCUGCAAAGUUCUUUUGGUACAUAUUCUUCAUGUAUUUCACUUUGAUGUACUACACAACUUAUGGAAUGAUGACAGUGGCUGUUACUCCUAACCAACAAAUGGCUGCCAUUGUUUCGUCCGGGUUCUACAUCUUAUGGAACCUUUUCUCAGGAUUCCUUAUCCCAAAGAAAAGAAUUCCGGUGUGGUGGAGAUGGUACUAUUACAUUUGCCCUGUGGCUUGGACACUGUAUGGUUUGGUAGCUUCACAAUUUGGAGACAUCAAAGAACAAAUGGUGGAUACAAAUCAGACAGUGGAAGAGUUCAUAAGGAAUUACUAUGGGUUUCGACAUGAUUUCGUUGGAUAUGUGGGAAUCAUCAUUGUUGGAAUAGCCACUCUUUUUACCUUCAUUUUUGCCUUCUCAAUCCGAGUAUUUAACUUCCAGAGAAGAUAAUUUCUUCAAAGUAGGAAUCAAAUACAUCAAACACUGACGCUUAGUUUCAUCGUAUGUAUUGUGUACAUAUGUAUUAGUUCCUUAUUCAAUUGAGAAUUUACCAUUAUAUACUAAUUUUUUCCCCCUAAAGUAUCGUAUCCAUUUAAAGUUAAAUUUAUUAUUAUGCUAAUGAGACAUUCGUAUCCAAAAAAAAAAGAAGUGAGAAGAUCUGAUCAUAUCAUUAUCAUUCUUGGUAAUACCCAACCGUGCUGCGAGGG